UCAACCGGAAGUAACCCGUCCGCCAUUGCUGAGUUAAAGUCGUACGAACUCUCUUGUACGACGGAGCUAACGUUUUCUUUUGUCUGCAAACGUAUGUGUUCAUGAUGUCGAGUGGACAUACUUGUGCCGUAAUAAACUGUUAUAACAACAGCGUGAAACUCCAACAAUGGAAAAAGAAAGUGUGUGAAAAACACAAGCCUAUGCUGCAUGAAGACUGCCCGUGUAAAGUGCCAUACAGUCUGCAUCGGUUUCCUGGACGUCCAGAGGACUUACAAGUUAGAAAAGCGUGGGUGAGAAAUAUUAACAGGAAGGACUUUGUUCCAGGUCAAUACAGCAGGGUAUGUGGAAUACAUUUCGUUGAUGGCAGACCAACAAAAGCGCACCCCUACCCUGUUUUGCACCUGGGAUAUAAAAAUCGUUUAUCGAAAGUGACAUCUGUCCCUACCGUGCGCCGACGAAAAUGUUUCCCACCCCUUAAUGUCAACGCCACGACGAUGUGUAAUGCUGGCACACAGUGGCCAGAUCUGGAAGACCACAACUACUUUACUACAAAUUCAACAAAGAACUGCGCUACACAAACAGAUCCUGCACCAUCAUUCUCAGCCUAUGAUUUGGACAACUCCGUUACUGAACAAAAUCUUCACCUUCUGGAGCAUGAUUACCUCCAACUUCAACAGGAGGAGGAUUAUGAGAGGGUGUACGUCAAACAGGAGGCGGAACCAGAAACCCCCUACAUUAAAGAAGAAGAACAGGAAGGAGAAAUUAACAAUUUUCCAAUGACCUUCAAUGUGAAAAUUGAAGAGGAUGAAGGUCCGAGCGGAGCAGCACAACCUUGGAGCAACGGCUCAUUUCAACACUCUACAACAAAAGAUGUCACUAAAGAAAAUCUUCACCCUAUGAAUCAAGAUCCCCCCCACGUUAAAGAGGAAGAUGAGUUCGAGAUGGUGUACAUCAAACAGGAGACGGAGCCAGAGACCCCCUACAUUGAAGAAAAGCAGGAACAUACCAAUUUCCCAAUAACCGUCAGUGUAAAAAUUGUAGAGGAUGAAGGUCCAAGCGAUGACAGCGGAGCAGAGAACCUUUUGAACUACAGCUCAUUUCAACACCUGACAUCAAAGGGUGAGGGACAAUCUCAACUGGACGGGCUCUCGGACAGCGACGAAGUAACAUCACAUUCUUCUGCAACUGACACCGAUAUCGAGGGUGCUUACCAAAAUGCUUCGAAAUGCUUAAAUAAGUCAACAUCGAAAAGAAAGACCAAACAGCACGUGGGUGCAAAACCUUUCGCCUGCUCAUUUUGCUGUAAAAGAUUUCGUCGGAAGCAACAGUUAACAUCACACACGCGUGUACACAAUGGUGAGAAGCCUUUUGUCUGCACACAUUGUGGUAAAAGAUUCACCCACAAUAGAGAUUUAAAACGACACAUAAGAACACACACCGGAGAGAAGUCUUUAGCCUGCUCUUUUUGUGAAAGAAAAUUUGGUCGUAAGCAACAGUUAACAAUACACACACGUAUUCACACAGGGGAAAACCUUUUUCUCUGCACUAUUUGUGGUAAAAGAUUCACAAGGAAGGUAAGUUUAAACCUACACAAAAUUACACACACUGAAAAGAAGCCUUUAGCCUGCUCUUUUUGUGAUAAAAGAUUUGGUCGUAAGAAACGGUUAACAACACACACAUGUACGCACAACGGGGAAAAGCGUUUUUCCUGCACAUUUUGCGGUGAAAGUUUUAUUCGGAAACAACUGUUAACAACACACAUGAAGACACACACUGGAGAAAAACCGUUUCCCCGCACAACUCGUGGUAAAAGAGUCACCGAGAAGGAAAGUUUAAAGAAGCGCAGAAGAACACACACUGGAGAGAAGCUUUUCGCAUGCUCAUUUUGCGAUAAAAGAUUUUAUUUCAAGUGUCGUUUAACAAAACACACGCGUGUUCACACUGGUGAGAAGCCUUUUGUCUGCUCACUUUGUGGUGAAAGAUUCGCUCGGAAAGGAGAUUUAGUGUCGCACACAAGAAAACACACUGAGGAAACACCUUUCAAUUGCGAUGUGUGACAAAAUAUUCUUUAUUCUGCCAUCCGUUUACCGUGGAAAAAGCAUGUCAAUAUCCAUGUUCAGUUUCUCUUAAGCCUCUUUAAGAAAAAAUUGAAAUUUUGGAGAAUCCAUUUUUUUCCCUCCAGAUCAUGUCUUGCAAGGUGCUUUGAAAUAUUAUGUAUUAUUAUUCAAAAUACUUUGACUCUGCCCUUUGUUUUUUUCACUUUUCAGACUUUGUCUAAAUUGUUUCAGGGAAGGUGUCUUUAUUAGUUGUGCAUUGUUAUAUUUUGACCUUGGCAAUAUUAAACAUU